AUGAUCACCAACGGCACCAACGCCGCCAACGGCAGCACCGCCCAUGACCAGCAGAAACCAAAGUUCGAUCCCAACUUCACCCAGCACGUCAUCGACCUCAUGAGCCCCGAGACCAAGCCCCGCCACCGCCAGAUCCUCACCUCCCUCAUCCGCCACAUGCACGACUUUUGCCGCGAGGUCGAGCUCCAGCAGGACGAGUGGAUCCUCGGCGUCAACUACAUCAACUCCCUCGGCCAGGCCUACAAGAAGAACCGCAACGAGACCUGGCGCGUCCAGGCCGCCGACGGCAAGGUCCCCACCUCCUCCUCCAUCCUCGGCCCCUUCUGGUCCCCCGACACGCCCUUCCGCGCCCUCGGCGCCUCCGUCGUCCAGGACAUGCCCCCCGACGGCCAGCUCACCCGCUUCCGCGGCGUCGUCCGCGACGUCGAGACCGGCCGCGGCAUCCCCUCCGCCGUCUUCGACAUGUGGCAGGCCAGCACCAACGGCAAGUACGACGCGCACGACCCGGAGAACCAGUCCCGCCACAACCUGCGCGGCAAGUUUCGCACCGACGCCGACGGCCGCUUCGACUUUUACUGUCUCAAGCCGACCGAGUACGCGAUUGACACGUCCGGGCCCUCGGCGGAGUUGCUGGCGGUGAUGGGGAGGCACCCGUGGCGGCCGGCGCAUAUUCAUGUGAUGGUGACGCAUGACGAGUAUAUCGGGGUGACGGCGCAGCUGUACCCGGAUGAUGACCCCUAUCUGGAGACGGACACGGCGUGCGCGGUCAAGGACGACUUGCUGCUGCACUUCACGCCCGUCGAGAAUGAGCCCAACGGCGCCGUGUUGGAGGUCGAGUACGACGUCAACCUGCUCUCCAAAGAGUACAAGCCCGACUCGAAUAUGCUCAUGCAGAAUGCCAACCAAGACAAGUUUUAA